AUGGCGGGAAUGGCACAGGGACCGGGAGACCCUGAAGAGUCUGAUGAGCUUUCCCUCCCGGGGCGGGGGAUGUGCAAUACCGGGCGUUGUACCAGAGAAGAAGACAAAAAUCAAGAUGGCAAAAUGGAUCUGUUGCAUUUUAAGCUGGAGCUGCCACUGCAGCCCACAGAGCACGUUGUUGGUGUUCAGCUGAUUCUGCUCUUUUCUUACCAGCUUUAUAGAAUGUCAACACUUGUGAUGCAGAGCAUGGCUUUUCUCCAGUUUUUUUCUCCUGUGCCAGGGUCUCAGCUGUAUAUGAAUGGAGAUCUGAAACUGCACCAGAGGCAAUUACUUAACCAUUGUGGACUGGAUAACAGAUACAAUGUGUCUGUGGUCAAUGGUUCAAGUCCCUUUGCUGGUGACUAUGAUCUAACAAACAUCAUUGCAGCAUAUUGGGAUAGAAAUGUGACAACGGUCUUUUCAGAUCCCAACCCUGUUUGGAUGACUGGAAGAGCAGCAGAUACACCAUUUAUCAUUAAUGCCACUAUUCAUUACCCACUAGAAGUCAUUAAAUAUCAGCCAGGAUUUUGGGAAAUGAUUAAAUUUGCCUGGAUCCAGUAUGUCAGCAUUCUCCUUAUCUUUCUUUGGGUGUUCGGUAGGAUUAAAAUGUUCAUGUUCCAGAAUCAGGUGUUGACAACAACUCCAAUAUCACCAGUUCUGCCAGUGUCUCCAGUACUGUCCUACAAGCAGCACCAGUCCUGA